AUGUCCAGAAUAUUGUCUGCAAUCGGACGAAGGAUUGGUAGAAGAGCAGUGAUACCUGAAAUGUUGACUUCAAAUGUUAGAGGACUCUCGUUACUUUCAGAAGACAUCUUGAGGUCGGAUGUGGAAAAAUGGAAAAAUGAUAGAGUUGUGUUCGCAUGGCAAGGAGAAGACCACAGGCCAAUAACAAAGGCUCUAGAAAUCAAGGAGGGGUCAACCAUAUUUAGCAUAGCAUCUGCAGGUUACAACCCUUCGAUGCUGCUUCUAGAAAACCCAACCAAGGUUGUCAUGGUUGAUAACAACCCUACUCAGAUUGCCUGGUGUAUGCUUUACUUCAGUGCCAUCAAGAAUCUUACAUAUGAAGAGUUUCGAAGCCUGGUUGGAUUCGGUGAAGGAGCUACAACCACCCCCGAUGAAAGAGGAAGAAUUUACGACAGUCUUAGAGGUUCAUUGCCGAGUAAAGCAUUAGUCUAUUGGGAUUUCCAUCGUGACAACAUGAGCAAGUCGGGAAUGUACUUAUUUGGGAACUACAUUCGUCUCUGGGGUUUGGGAAGAUUCGUACCAAUAGCUCAUAGCCAGGAAACUUUGGACAAGUUUUUAAGUUUUGCAGAUAUUGACAAGCAACGCUCUUUCUAUGAGGAACAAUGGGACUCAUGGCGCUGGCGAAGAGCCUUUCAAGAAGCGCUUGCAUCUGAGCAUUUCCCAGCUGUGUUUCGACCGUUCAUGGAUCUACUUGCUCAAAAGUGGUUGAAUCGCUUCCUGGAAAUUUGCAUUAAUAUUCCUAAUGUAGACAAUCCCCAAAUUGAGAUACACCUAACUAACAAAAUCUCGGGAAAAUACGGUUUACCAGAUUUCUGGAGACGAGAAAAUUUCGCCCCGAUCCGUGAGCGCCUUGAUAGGUUUGAACUUAUCCACAUUGACGUAAAUGAAUACUUCGAACGUACAUCUGAAAAUUUUGAUGGCUUUGUUCUAUCAAAUGUAGGAGAUGUGUACAGCAAAGGUGAACACGACCAAUAUGUUACAAGAGCAAUUAAGCGUGGAAAGCCUGGAAGUAGGAUCACAUACCUCUCUAUCGCCGGAACAAAUAAAGGAUGGCCUGAUGCUGAAAAGGACAACAUUCGUGUUGAGCAAGAGCUGUCUGAAAGUCUGAUACAAGGAAAAGAACGGGGCAUUUUCUGGGAUGAUUUACAUAUUGCUACUUUGAAAUAAUCAAAUCGCAACUACUCAGAAUAGUGGAGUAUGUGCUGAAAAUAGGUGUUUACUAGACAGGUUUCUAGGUGUUCACUCAAAGUGUUCAUUAAGGUUUUACCGUACAUGUAUGAAUUUAUUUAUUGAAAAUUGAAAUGAACAUAUGAAUCCUACGAUGAACAUCUAUAUGAACCCUGGGAUGUAUCCACCCCUAUUCCCUCUUAGCAGUUAACUAUCUAAUACAUGAUUUGUUAUUGUCAUUAUUAACACGGUUAGGUGCAUCCUCUUAAAAGUAACUAGCCAUUUAAGCACACCAUUGGAAAGCUUUGUUUGUCAUUUGAGCAGAUUGACGUUUAACAACUGAGAAAUCAAACAUUACGUAUUAAUCUUUAAAA